AUGGUUAAAAUUAAUGAAAUUGCUCGUACAUCCACAUUUGCUUGGAAUCUGGAUAAUUUACCUUUAUUAGCAACUGGUACUGUUGCAGGUGCUGUUGAUAUAAAUUUUAGUUCUUCUUCAACUUUAGAAAUAUGGGAUACAUUCUCCCCAACAAAUAAUAAAGAACCAAUUUUCACUGCUCCUGUUGAAAAUAGAUUUUAUGCAAUUGCAUGGUCAAAACCAUUUGAAAAUUAUUCAAAAGGUUUAAUUGUUGGUGCUUUUGAAAAUGGUAUUGUUGAAUUUUGGGACGCUGAAAAAUUAAUUAAGUCAAAAAACUUAGAGGAUUCUUCAAUUCAUAAAUCAAAUAAACAUACUGGUGCUGUUAAAUCUUUACAAUUCAAUCCAAUUCAAAACCAUGUCUUGGUUACGGGCGGGUCAAAUGGUCAAAUUUUUAUUUGGGAUUGUAAAUCUUUUAAUGAUCCUUUUAAUCCUGGCCAGGCAAUGACUCCAAUGGAUGAAAUUACUUCUGUUUCUUGGAAUAAUUCUGUUUCUCAUAUUUUAGCAAGUACUGGUAAUGGUGGUUAUACUUCAGUAUGGGAUUUAAAAGCUAAAAGAGAAGUUUUGCAUUUAUCAUAUACUUCAUCAAAUGGUAAUAGAGCCAAUUUCUCGUAUGUUGCGUGGCAUCCAACUAAAUCAACUAAAUUAAUUACUGCAAGUGAUAAUGAUUCCUGUCCUGUUAUUUUAACAUGGGAUUUAAGAAAUUCAAAUGCUCCUGAACAAAUUUUAAAUGGUCAUAAAAAAGGGGUUUUAUCAUUAGAUUGGUGUAAACAAGACUCAAAUUUAUUAUUAUCAAGUGGUAAAGAUAAUUCAACUUUAUUAUGGAAUCCAAUUGAAGGUGUGAAAUUAGGUGAAUAUCCAACCACGGCAAAUUGGGCUUUUGAAACUAAAUUUGCUCCAAGUGUACCUGAUAUUUUUGCGACUGCUUCAUUUGAUGGUAAAAUUGUAAUCCAAACUUUACAAGAUACUUCACCUCCAGCAACUAAUAAAGUAUCUGCUUCAAAUGAUGAUAAUGAAUUUUGGAGUGAAUUAUCUACAACUGAUACUCAACAACCACAAUUUGAAGUCAAACAAGCUCCACAAUGGUUGAAUAAUCCAGUAAGUGUAUCAUUUGGUUUUGGUUCAAAAUUGGUAACUGUUAAAAAGGAUUCAAAUGGUAAAUCAAUAAUCAAUAUAUCUAAAUUUGUUGCAAAAGGUCAAGAAGAAACAAACAAAUUAUUUGAAAGUUUGAAAAAUGAAAAUUAUUCAGAAAUUAUUGAUGAAAAAUUAAAAGGUAAAACUAUAAAUGAUAAUAAUAAAUCUGAUUGGGAAGUUUUAAAGAAAUUAUCAGAAAAUGGUAAAGAUUCAUUUUUCAAAACUGAAGAAAAAGUGGAAAAAAAUGGUAAAGAACCAAAAGAAGAAAAGAAAGAAGCUCAAGAAGCUCAAGAAGAUGGUGAAGAUUUCUUUGCUCAUUUAGGUAAUGGCGAAACCAAAACUAAAACAGAAGCUUUUGUUCCAUCUGGUAAUUUUAAGAUUUUCAGUAAAAGUGAAUCUGAAGAUAAUAAAAAAUUGAUAAGUUUAAUAUUAAAUAAUAAAAUUGAAGAAGCUGUAAAUACAUGUUUGGAUCAAAAGAAAUUAUUAGAAGCAUUAAUUUUAGCAUUAGAUGGUACCGAUGAAAUUAAACAACAAGUUAAAACUGCUUAUUUCAAAAAGAAUAAAGAAGAUAACUUAUCAAGAAUCUUAUAUAAUGUAUCAAGUAAAAAUGUCACUGAUUUAGUUGCUAAUGCAAAUGUUGAAAAUUGGAAAGAAAUUGCUCUUGGUAUUACUUCAUUUACUACUGAUUCGGAUGAAUAUAAUAAUAAAAUGACUGAAUUAGGUGAUAGAAUUUUACAAUCGGAUAAAAAAGGUAAAUCAAGAGAUGAUGCAAUUACUUGUUAUUUAGCAGGUGGUGCAUUGGAUAAAAUUGCAAAUGUUUGGUUAAAAGAAUUGCCAGAUUAUGAAGAAAAAUUAUUGAAAGAUGAUGAUUCAAUUACUUCAUUCUCAGAUGCUAGACUUCAAUCAUUAACUAAUUUUGUUGAAAAAAUUGCAACUUAUAGAUAUAUCACUAAAACUACAAGUGAAAUAUCUGGUCCUUCAGCUGAACCAAUUUCAAAAGCUAUCUUAGAAUUUGUUAAUUUAAUUGCUGGUGCUGGUGAAUUUGAUUUAGCAAAUAAAUUUUUACAAUUAAUACCAAGUGAAUUUGGAUCAAAUGAAAAGGAAAGAAUUUUGAAAGCGACCGGUGUUGAAAAAGCUCCAGUAAAUAAAACUGCACCUGCUGCUACUAAUGUUAAAGCAAAAUCUUCAAGAGCUCCUUCAUAUCAACCUGCAAAUAUUACUCAACCAUCAAUUCCAUCAAUUCAACAACAGCGAUUGAGAACAGCAUAUAAUCAACCAACUGUUACUCCACAACAACAAUAUCCCUCUUUCCAAGCACCUACACCGGGAAUUCAACCUUCAGCUCCAAAAACAAAUCCAUAUGCUAGAUCAAAUCCCUAUGCUCCAACCAAUAUUUAUAAAGCAGCAUCACCAAUAACUCAAAAUACAACAAUGAAUCAACCAUUAAGCAAUUCAAUUCCACCUCCACCACCAAGAAAAUUGUCAAAAUCUGAAACUGAAGGUUGGAAUGAUUUACCAGAUACUUUUAAACCGAAAGUUACUGCUCCACGUCGUGCUGCAGCUGCUGCAACUUCAUCACCAUCACCAGCUCCUCCAUUAUCUCAAUUUCCAAGUCAAACGAGUUUAAAUCAAGCUUAUGCUCCACCUCCAAAUAACCCAACAUCUACUGGACCUCCACCACCACCAACUAAAAGAUCAAUUUCAACAAAUCAAUUACCUCCACCACCAAAAUCGGGUAGUAGAUCACAAUCUAAAGCUAACGUUGCAUCAUCAUCAGUUACAUCAUCACCAAAAGUACCCCCAGCUGUAUCAAAUAGAUAUGCUCCACCACCAGGCUCUGAACAACAACCAUUACAACCGCCAACAUCAUCAUCAUCAUUUUCAGGACCUAUAAGUCAAUCACCACGUUCAAUCAAAAAGAAUCCUUAUGCACCAACACAUAUUGACACACCAUCAAAUAAAUUUACUGCUCCACCAACUCCUCAACAACUAAAUAGUGGUCCAGUUACACCAGCUGCACAAACAACUAAAAUUCCAAAAAAUCCAUAUGCUCCACCAGCAAAUAUUAAUCAACAGUCAAUAAAUCCAGCAGGAAUUGCUCCACCACCACCAAAAUUGGGUGCUGCACCACCACCUCAACAAUCAUUUGGUACAAUUAAUUCACAACCAAUUCAACCAGCAUUUAAUGGUGUUGCUCCACCACCUCCAAGACCAAUGACUUCUUCAUCAAAUGCAUCAAUUAAAAGUCAACCACCAGCACAACAAACUUCAGCAGCACCUCCACCACCUCCAGAAUCUACUAAACACCCAAAAGGUGAUAGAUCACAUAUUCCAGAAUCAUCAAAACCAAUUUAUGAAUCUUUAAAUAAAGUUUUAGAAGCUAUAAAACCAAGUAUUCCUGAAAAAUAUGCUAAACAUGGUGUUGAUAUGGAAAAUAGAUUAAACAUUUUAUUUGACAAUUUAAAUAAUGAAACUUUAUCAUCCGGUUUAAUUAAUGAUUUAAAAAAUCUUUCAUCAUCAUUAGAAAAUAAAGAUUUUACAACUUCAAGUGGAUUAAACGUUGAAAUUGCAACAAAUUACAGUGAUGAAUUAGGUCAAUGGCAUACAGGUUUGAAACGUCUUAUUACAAUGGCAGAAGCAAUGUAUUAA